CCUUUGAAAAUGACAACAGAUCCCUCGACGCCCGACGUUCAACCAACGCUUUCCCUCCUCACCUGUCUAUCGACAUUGUCUCCGUCCACGCCAUGUGCACAGGAACUCUCGACGUACAUUUCUCAAGGUGCGGAUGUGGCUUACCGAGACCCAAACCGUACUGGUGCAAGUCCUCUCCAUGUGGCUGCUUUUCGCGGUAACCUUGAGGCCGUGACGACACUUCUUCGAGCGGGUGCACAAUGGAAUUCUAUUGAUGAUAACGCCAAAAGUGUUGGCGAGUAUGCCUUGGAAGGGGGAUUUCAGGACGUUUAUGAGCAUUUAGUGGAGGAAGGGGUGAGGACCGAGUUUCUGUUGAUGGCUUUGGGCGCUGGUGGGUUGCAUCCCGAUGACGAGGUAGAAGAUAGCCAUGAACAAGACGAAUCUGUAACAAGUGUGAAGCCUGCCUCUGCCCAUCCUUCAAAUGCCAACUACCUUGCCCGGCGACUCACCUACUCCGAAGGCCGUCUCCUUGACUCGGACAACAAUGCCGUCAUGAUGGGAUGGGAAGCGCCGCUCAUGGAACUCCAUGCAAACGUCAUUGCUCCGGAACCAGGUCUUCAUGUUCUCAAUGUGGGAUUCGGGCUAGGUCUCGUGGAUGAAUACCUCCAAAAGCGAUCACCUGCCACGCACACUAUUAUUGAAGCGCAUCCAGAUGUGUAUGCUAAAAUGAUUGCAGAUGGAUGGGAUAAACGGCCGGGCGUUCGUAUCCUAUUUGGGCGGUGGCAGGAUGUGUUGGAUCAAUUGCAAGUAUAUGAUGGCAUCUUUUUCGACACUUUUGGAGAGUAUUACGAUGAUUUGAAGGAAUUUCACGAACACGUUCCAAACAUUCUGAGUCAAACUGGAGUCUAUUCCUUUUUUAAUGGCUUGGCAGGGACGAAUCCGUUCUUUCACGAUGUAUCGUGCAGGCUUGCAGAGGCGGAUCUAGGCGAGAUGGGAUUGAUGACCGAGUAUAGAGAGGUUAAGAUGGAUGAGUUGGGCGACGAGGUGUGGCAGGGAGUGAAGCGAGCGUAUUGGAGUCUCCCAGUUUAUCGACUACCAGUCGUAACUUUCUAGAGCAGUUGCAGAAACCGCAUCGUUUGCACACAAACUCUGUAUCUAGCACCGUAUAUUUAAACGCACACCUUUCUUAAGUACAUACUUUACUUUCUACAAGGGAGGCGCUGUAUGCAGCCUUUAUAAUCCAAGAAACUUUUUCAUCUCA